UAUGUUCUCAUCCUGAUUUUAAGCAUAAUUUGUAGUAGUGAUUUUUUUAUUAGGACAUCAAAUUCAAAUCUUUUUCCCUUUUAUUUUUCUAAGCCUUUCUUUUUCCCCAAGACAAGAAAGGAAACCGCUCUUCUAAACCACCAGCUUUGCUAAAACCGGCUCUUAAAGAACUCCUUAAAUACUCAUUUCUCCUCACUAACCUUCUCACCACUCUCACUUUCUCUCUCGCUCACCAACCAAGUUUUCAGUUUUCGUUCUAUCCUCCUGCAAAUGGCCAAGAUCAAGAUCGGAAUCAAUGGAUUCGGUAGAAUCGGCCGUUUGGUCGCCAGAGUCGCUCUGCAGAGGGAUGAUGUGGAGCUUGUCGCUGUUAACGAUCCAUUCAUCACCACCGAGUACAUGACAUACAUGUUCAAGUAUGACAGUGUGCACGGCCAGUGGAAGCAUAACGAUGUGAAAGUGCAGGACGAGAAGAACCUUCUCUUUGGUGAGAAGUCAGUCAGAGUCUUCGGAUGCAGGAACCCUGAGGAGAUCCCGUGGGGUGAAACUGGUGCCGAGUAUGUUGUGGAGUCUACUGGAGUCUUCACUGACAAGGACAAGGCUGCUGCCCACUUGAAGGGUGGUGCCAAGAAGGUUGUCAUCUCCGCCCCUAGCAAAGAUGCCCCAAUGUUUGUUGUGGGUGUCAACGAGAAAGAAUACAAACCUGAGUUGGACAUUGUUUCCAAUGCCAGUUGCACUACCAACUGCCUUGCUCCAUUGGCCAAGGUCAUCAAUGAUAGGUUUGGGAUUGUGGAGGGUCUUAUGACCACCGUCCACUCCAUCACUGCCACCCAAAAGACUGUUGAUGGUCCAUCGAGCAAGGACUGGAGAGGUGGAAGAGCUGCCUCAUUCAACAUCAUCCCCAGCAGCACUGGAGCUGCCAAGGCUGUUGGUAAAGUGCUCCCAGCUCUAAAUGGAAAGUUGACCGGUAUGUCGUUCCGAGUUCCCACCGUUGAUGUCUCAGUUGUUGACCUCACCGUCAGGCUAGAGAAAGAGGCCACCUACGAGGAGAUCAAAGCUGCCAUCAAGGAGGAGUCAGAGAACAAGCUCAAGGGCAUCUUGGGCUACACUGAAGAUGAUGUGGUUUCCACAGACUUCGUUGGCGAUAGCAGAUCAAGCAUCUUUGAUGCCAAGGCUGGAAUUGCAUUGAGCAAGAACUUCGUGAAGCUCGUCUCGUGGUACGACAACGAAUGGGGAUACAGCUCAAGAGUGAUCGAUCUGAUUGUUCACAUGGCAUCUGUUGCAUGAAGAUGAACAUCUUUUUUUCCGGCGUUGUUUUGUGGCAUUUUCCUUUCUAGUUAAGACUUGAGAGUCGAGACUUUGUAAUAAUUCCUGUGACUGCACCUCUGUUUUGCAGUUAUUUGUGUCAUUACCUUUCAAAGAAUUUUCCCUGAGAUUCAAUAUAUGGUCCUUUUUUCCCAGUA